AUGUCGUUACUUGUGAUCAAAGACCCCGUCCACCACGAUUACCGUGAGUUCAUCUCCAAAGCAUUCAAUGCCGAUGCCGGGGCGGUGGAUGUGUACAUCGUGGAUUCCAUUCGUCACGCGCCCGCUCUCAAUCGAGUGCUUACCACCUACUACCAACAGCUUCGUCACCUAGCUAACCACGCUGGCAAAGGGCACGAUUUCCUGAUUAAUGUGUGGUUUAACCAACCAAAACAUUUCAAUGCACAAAACUAUAGCGAUGUGAGGGCAGUGGAAGGUGAAGAUAUCGGCACUUUUGACCUGUCGGUGAAGCGCUAUUCAAACACUAGCAGUUCAGGUAUUGAUCAUGAAUCAAACGGACCCGAAUUCGGUUCGUUUGUAUGCAGUGCCGUUGGCGGUACCUUUGACUAUCUCCACGACGGCCACAAGAUCCUUUUAUCUUUGGCUCGGUUCCUUUGUUCAAAGAGAUUGAUUGUGGGGAUUACAGGUCCUAAGCUUUUGCAGAACAAAAAGCACGCGGAAUUUCUUCAACUGUACGCGGAACGUGAACGUUCCGUGGUCCAUUUCCUUCAGAAGCUUUCGUGGGAUUCGUGUCCCUACGAGAUCUUUGAAAUCAAUGACGUGUGUGGUCCCACCGGCUAUGUGCGAAAUAUCGACGCUCUCGUCGUUAGUGGCGAAACUCGUUCGGGAGGCGACUACGUGAACAAAGUACGUCGGGAACAUGGCUUCCCUCAAUUGGAGGUGGUGGUGAUUGAUGUGGUAGGAGAAAAUGUUGAUAACAGCACUUGGGAAGGCAAAAUCAGCAGUACCACCAUCAGAGCUUCGCUCGCUCUGCGCGUGUGA